AUGGACCUCUUCGAUCUUGCCGCCUAUGAAAUCCCAGCCACACUUUACAGAGUCCAAUAUGCGGAGUCCGUCACGAAGUACGACUUCGACGGCGGCCUUGAGGCGCAAGACGAUAAAACAAUAUUUGACGAGGAAACAGGCCUUGAUGACUUUAUCGACGCUGUGGAGCGGCAUCUAAGUUGGGAGUACGAAAAUACCAUCUUUAUCUCACUUUUCGCCGACAAAACCCACGCAGAAAACUGGAUGCUCGAAAGACAUUUGCGAUUUCGUAGCACAGACUGCACACUCCUCGAGAUCGACAUGACAGAACUGCUGGGCUUUUAUGUUUUCCGUGCUCAAGAGAUUGUCGACAUGUUCUCCUUGUCAGUCCCAAAUGGAGCAUAUUCUACUGUCGCCGAUGAGUACCUCGUCGUCCAUUAUAUACCUCCUAGCUCCAUCUUGAGCAUUCAAAACGUUUAUGAUAUUGAGUUUGGUAAGACCCCCUGA